UGGACUGUCAUAGCAUUUUCUGAAAUCCUAGAUGCGCACGUCAGGGUUAUUGAAAACUGAAAUGUGUUCAGUUUCCGAAGCGUGUUGCGGAUUUUUGUAGUUGAGAGGGAAUGUUGAGAAAGGGUCAAACAUUAUGAUUACAUUUCAGUAGAAUAAACAACUACAACUCCAAGUUAUAAAAGGGGGGGAAAAAACGAUUCUUCGAGCAGGUGGAGCAUCAGUUCUAACAACACAUAGGAGCGACAAGUUGACAAGGAGGUUCCUGUUUAAGGGAAAACUACGUUAAUUGAUCGCGAGUUAGUCCACCAAACAAGUCAAGCUUAGAGCCUUGUUUGUAUAGUUUUGAUUUUAUCUCUUAACCUGUGCUCACGAAGAAAAUAAAGACUAAAUAUGUCCGCUGAAAGAUACUCCACUUUGGACGAGCCUUCACUGCGGAAUCUGCUGGACGGGACGCUGGACCUGUCGGAGCGUCGUCUGAUCCGCUCGGCCCUGAGGGACCUGAGGAGGAGGGAGAUCGAGAGCAUGGAGGCGGCUCUGGCCAGCAAGCGCUUCCGGCCCGCACGCCUCCACCAGCAGGAGGACAAGGAGAACCAGCACAGGUCAGCGUCGAGUGAUUCUCUGGACCUGCUCUCUGGGAAGCUGACGACCAUCCAGGACCUGGAUGAGCUCACAAGGCUGCUCCGCGGGGCCAGUGAGUAUGAGGAAAGGAAGCUGAUCAGAGCAGCUAUCCGUCGACUGCACGAUGAGGAAGGGACUGGAGAGAAGGGGAGAACGGCUGGUCGAUACCUGGAACACGAGACCCAGCGGCCGCAAGGCACCCUGGGAGCUGCGGACCCAGACAAAGACUGCUUUGGUGAGCGAGAGAGAUUUAGAUCUCAGGUUCGAGAACACACCCAGCAGAGCAAAGAUCUGCACAGGACAGGCUCCAACCCAGGCAUGGUUCUGGUUCUGGACCCCCUGGGGAGGGACGAGGGCCCGGGGCCCCUGCUGGGACGGCCGCAGCGUGACCCAGCCACAGCUGAACCCGACCUGGUCCUGACCCAACGCCAGAGAUCGGACUCUGGGGGGGGCUCCACGGCCCCCAGGGCCCGGCUGGACUCUGGAGCCUCUGAGAGGAGCCUGGGGCUGGGCUCCACGGCCCCCAGGGCCCGGCUGGACUCUGGAGCCUCUGAGAGGAGCCUGGGGCUGGGCUCCACGGCCCCCAGGGCCCGGCUGGACUCUGGAGCCUCUGAGAGGAGCCUGGGGCUGGGCUCCACGGCCCCCAGGGGCAGGCUGGACUCUGGAGCCUCUGAGAGGAGCCUGGGGCUGGGCUCCACGGCCCCCAGGGGCAGGCUGGACUCUGGAGCCUCUGAGAGGAGCCUGGGGCUGGGCUCGGCCUUCAGGGCCCGGCUGGACUCUGGAGCUUCGGACCGCAGCGUGGGCUCCCAGUCCCGGGUCAGACAGAGGCGUGACUCGGGCACCUCCGACUCCAGCCUGGGGCCCAGAACCCUCACGGACUCCGAGAUCUCCGGCCCGCUGUCACGGAAACGCUUCGACUCCGGGACGUCUGACCUGAGCGUGGGCACGGCCCCUGAGGGGCGUGGCCAGGGAGAGGAGGCGGAGGUGGUCAUGAGUUGCUCCUCCUCCAGCACGGACUCGGAAGCGGAGAGCACCAAUCAUCAUCAUCAUCCAGACGGCCUCCCUGCCCAGCCCAUCCCAGAGCCCAGCCUAGAGCAGCCUGAUGGGGCAACUCUGUCCAGGAGAGCCCCAGGCUCCCACAAUGGCCUGCUCAAUGGCAAGGAAAAAGUGGACAUCCUACAACAGAAGGUCUUGCUAAGCAGAGAGCCUGCGUUUGCACCCCUGGGCAAAGUAAAAGAUUCUGCGCCAGAGAAGAGAGAGACGCCGUCGGCCCCGUUCAGCCGUGCCAACUCCGUGCGGGACAGGGUGCGCAAGUUCACAGAGCCCGGCCCCGCCCCCGGCCCGAGCAUCUCACUGCUGAAGAGGGGCUCUCUGAGGAACGGGUUCUUCGAGGGCCCCUCGGUGGGAACACCUCAGUCGACCGGAACCACUGCUUCGCCCCUCAGCACCCCUGCAGACCGGCCCGGGAGACCCCGCCUCGGAUCCUCCUCCUCCUCGGAGAGCCAACGGCAGGGUUCCUCUUGGCCGCGGGGCGUGGCCACCCAACCCCAAUCCUCGGCUGACCAAUCGCGGAGCGGCGUGGGCGGGGCGAGGCAGACGGCUGAAAAGCUGAGGCAUACCUUCGGCGAGGCAGAGCAGACCCCAGGGAGAACAGCUGUGACGAGGGACAGCCAGGCAGCGUCCCAGCCCGACAUGAAGACCUUCCUCACCAUCGAGAUCAAGGAUGGCCGCACGUCCUCUUCCUCCAGGGGGGGAAUGGCCCCCCUGGCCCCCAUGGGCCCCCGCCUCACCACCAACACUGUGGGACAGAGAGCAGAGUUGACCCUGGGCCUGAGAGCGUCGCCCUUCAAGAUCUCCUCCUCCUCCUCCCCCCCCAGCCUCACGUCAGGAUCCUCCUUCAAGAUGGAGACCGAGCCGGUGAUGGUGUCAGAGCCGGUGUUUGCCUCGAUGCCCUCGGUGCAGGUGGCCUGCCAGGCCCCCGUCAUCCCCAACGGAUCAUCCAGCUCCCGGCCCAGAGCCGAGGAACUCUCCGGAAAACUGACGGAAGAACAGCUGGCCGCCAUCGAGGAUGAGGAGGUCCUGGACAGAAUGCUGGACGAAUCCAAAGACUUUGAGGAGAGGAAGAUGAUCCGAGCGGCCAUGAGGGAGCUACGCAAGAGGAAGAGAGAGGCCAUGCUGGGCUGUACCCAGGAGGAAAUAGACCAGAGAGAGAAGGAGCGUGAGACUCGUCUGCAGGAACUGCGGCAGCACCGUGAGGAGCGCGCUCAGAAGGGCCGCACGCCGGGGGCAGCAGGGGAGGUGGUGGUGAAGAAGGUGGAGAAGUCAGCUGACGGCUCAACCCUCAGCCAGCUCACCAAGACAGACCGCUUUGCCCAGUCCGAUGAUGGCAGCCGGUCGAGCCGCAGCACCAUCAUGGAGUCCAGUUACCUACAGAAGACAGACAAAGGAUCUGUUCAGUCCAAGUCCUACAGCUUCUCCUCCUCUUCCUCCUCCUCCACUAAGAAAGUGGGCAGUGUGUUUGACCGUGAGGACGAUGCCACGCCUCGCGGCGGCGGCGGCGGCGGUCUGGCCGCCAUGGAGCGCCGGCAGGCGGAGAAGCGUAAGGAGCUGAUGAGGGCCCAGACGCUGCCCAAGACGUCCGCCAUGCAGGCUCGCCGGGCAAUGAUCGAGAAGCUGGAGAGUGGAGGCCCCGGGAAUCAAGCGGUUGCCAAGGUGAACAACGUCCAGCGUUCCACCAGCUUUGGCGUGCCCAACGCCAACUCCAUCAAGCAGAUGCUGCUGGACUGGUGCCGUGCCAAGACCCGCUCCUACGAGAACGUGGAGAUUCAGAACUUCUCUUCCUGUUGGAGCGACGGUAUGGCGUUCUGCGCUCUGGUGCACAACUUCUUCCCAGAGGCCUUCGACUACUCCGAACUGACGCCUAGCAACCGCAGGCACAACUUCGAGGUGGCCUUCAGCACGGCAGAGGCCUACGCUAACUGCAUGCCCCUGCUGGAGGUGGAGGACAUGAUGAUCAUGGGGAGGAAGCCAGACUCCAAGUGUGUCUUCACCUACGUGCAGUCCCUGGUCAACCACCUGCGCAGGCAUGAGAUGAAAGUGGCACGCUCCUUCUCCGAUCUUUGACCUGGCCCCGCUGGGGUGUGGCUCACCCCGUGAUCCAGAGCUGGGCCUCCACACCAUCGCACCCCCCUUGCUCCCUCCCCCAAACCUAACACCCCCCCUCCACCCAACUGCAGCCAAGACACCGGGGUGUGAUGCCAGUAAGUGCCACGGGGGAAAGCGUGUUGUGUAUAUGUGUGUAGGUAUCGUGAUGGCAUCGGUAUUUGUGUUGACUGUGGUGGAGGAUUGAGGAGGAUUCCCCUUCUCUGUGACACACUCCCCUCUUCUUCCAGAAAGAGAACACCAAAGUCUGCUUUUCAUCAGAGCCCUACCAAUCUUUCUAAGCUUAGAUAGAUAUUUUAUACUGAAACUCCAGUUAUAAUCCAUUUAAGUGGAUAGGCAAUAUUACUCGCGUUUUGGAAGAUUCCCUCUUAAAAGCUUACAUUUGAUCAACUUUUGAAUGCAUUUUCGACGUUACCCAAGCUGUUGAUAGCAAUUGUGAAGCAAAAACGCUUUUCAUAAUGUUUUCACAUUAUGUCCGUUUUAACUCUGGUACUGUCAAAGGUUUCACCAAAACUGCAUGCUUUUUUAAAACAUAUAUACUUGAAUUGUUAGAAUUGAAUUGAAUUGUAGAAAGGCUCGACGCUGACUGGCUAAGCUAAAAACCAACCCCCAUUGAAUCACGAUACGGUUGUGUCACCUGAAUAUCCCCACUUGUCAUAAUAACCUAGCGACGGAGAAUCUCGAAGCCUCACUGUCUUGUUGCACGUGCCCCACCUCCACCACAGCCCGCACAACCAAGUACGUGUUUUAGAGAGUUCUUUAUUUAUGCUUGGGUCGCGUGUUAUUAAAAGGCUUCAUUAGUAGGUGUUUAGACCAUACUCUAUACGUUUGACGUUUUAAAGCUCAGUAAAUAAGUCUAGUGCGAAAUCAGUGAAUAAGUAAACCUAGCCUCGUAGACUUCUUGAGUAUUGUGCCCAAAUGAAAGCUGACUUACAGCUCAGUCAGUUUUACAAAAGGUAAACGUAAGAGUAUUGAUGAUUAAGGCAGAAUAUACUUUCGUGAAUAUACUUUAAUGUAUAUUUUCUGAACUUUAUCAAAGGAAGAAAACAUGUUCAAGGAGAAUUUUAUUCCAUAUGUAUUUUAACGGUUUAUUUUUCAAGAAUUUAAAAAAAAUGUUGGUUGUUUUUGUUGUAUUUCACUUUGUGCUUUUAGACUUUACAUUGACCAAUAUUACUAAAUUAAAAUAUUCCUGUCCGUCCAAGGGCUUCCACAAACUAGUGAAUGCUGUACAUAAGUUUGGACACAUUGUCAUAAAACAAGUUUCUAUACAAACACAGUGAAAUGUGAAUUAAAUUUAAACCAACUAUGGAAAA